GUAGAGCCCGCCUGCUUCCUGAGCAGGCCUUGCCCAAGCGCUGGCUGAAUGUGGUUUUCCUCUCAGACAGCAACUGGCUCAGAAUAGAGCAGUGGCUUUACUGACUGAGGCCGGCAGCUCCCAGGAGGGAAGAGAAGCUGAGCGAGGGCUUUGCAAGAGAAGGACAUCAUGCGGAGUGCCACCAAGCCCUGGAGUCCAGUUGCCAAAGCAGGCAGCCAUGGUCCUGAUCGCACUCGGCCCCUCCCUGGGACCCCUUCUGGCAUGAAGAGCUCCAAGUCUUCAACCUCGCUGGCCUUCGAGUCUCGGCUUAGUAAGCUCAAGAGGGCCAGCAGCGAGGACAUGCUCAACAAACCUGGAAGUGCCUCAUCAGGGGUGGCGAGACUGAAGAAGACCUCAACUUCCGGAGCCAUCUCUGAGCUCACCGAGAGCCGCCUGAGGAGCAACACAGGGACUAUUCCAACAACUAAACGGACGGGCAUUCCAGCUCCACGGGAACUCUCUGUAACUAUCUCCAGAGAGAGAUCUGUGCCACGUGGUCCCUCCAGCUCAAAGAAGUUGGGCUCCAGUCCAACUUCCUCCUGCAAUCCCACUCCUACCAAGCACCUAAGGACCACCCCUGCAAAACCUAAGCAAGAGCAUGAAGGUACAGAGAAGGCUGUGCUCGAGUCCCAGGUACGCGAACUUCUGGCAGAAGCCAAAACCAAAGACAGUGAAAUCAACAGGCUUCGAAGUGAACUAAAAAAAUGUAAAGAGAGAUGGGCCCUGGGCACUGAGGACUCCAAUGCUUCAGACCCAAGUACAGAGGGAACAUCAGUCCCAGGAAGUGACACAGAGCCUUUGAUAAGAACCCUGGAGGAGAAGAACAAGACCUUUCAGAAAGAGCUUGCUGACCUAGAGGAAGAAAACAGGGCCUUGAAGGAGAAACUGACUUAUCUUGAACAGUCACCAAAUUCAGAAGGGGCAGCAAGUCACACUGGUGACAGCAGCUGUCCAACAUCUAUAACCCACGAGUCCAGUUUUGGAAGCCCAGUUGGAAAUGAGCUGUCCAGUGAAACGGAUGAGUACAGAAGAAACACACAUGGGAGUGCGUUGCGGACAUCAGGGUCUUCAAGCAGUGAUGUCACUAAAGCUUCUCUAUCACCGGAUGCCUCAGAUUUUGAGCAUAUCACUGCAGAUACCCCAUCUCGGCCCCUGUCAGCCACUAGCAACCCCUUUAAGAGCUCCAAGGGCUCCCCUACUGGGAGCUCCCCAAACAAUGCAAGUGAGCUGUCCUUGGCAUCUCUUACUGAGAAGAUACAAAAGAUGGAGGAGAAUCAGCACAGCACUGCGGAAGAGCUGCAGGCUACUCUGCAGGAAUUAUCAGACCAGCAGCAGAUGGUGCAGGAACUGACAGCGGAGAAUGAGAAGCUAGUGGACGAGAAGACCAUUUUAGAGACCUCCUUCCACCAGCACCGAGAGAGAGCAGAACAGCUGAGUCAGGAAAAUGAGAAACUGAUCAACCUUUUACAAGAGCGAGUGAAGAAUGAGGAACCUAGUGCCCAAGGAGGAAAGAUCCUCGAGCUGGAGCAGAAGUGCACAGAUAUUCUUGAGAAGAGCCGCUUUGAAAGGGAGAAGCUGCUCAACAUUCAGCAGCAGUUGACCUGUAGCCUACGGAAGGUCGAGGAAGAAAACCAAGGCGCUAUAGACAUGAUUAAGCACCUGAAGGAAGAAAAUGAAAAGCUGAGUGGGUUCCUAGAACAUGAGCGGUGUAAUAAUAGUGUGAUGGCCAAAACUUUGGAGGAAUGUAGAGUUACCUUAGAAGGCUUGAAAAUGGAGAAUGGGUCCUUGAAGGCUCAUUUGGAGGCUGAUAAGCAAAAGGCCGUAGAGGCCAGCAGUACCAUGGGGCAGACAGCAGAGAACUUCGAGGUUCAGGAAAUGCUGAAAGUGGCUCGAGCUGAGAAAGAUCAGUUGCAACUGUCUUGCACAGAGCUCAGACAAGAAUUGCUAAAGGCAAAUGGUGAAAUUAAACACGUUUCCAGCCUGCUAGCUAAGAUGGAAAAAGAUUAUUCUUACCUGAAGGAAGUCUGUGAUCAUCAAGCAGAACAGCUGAGCAGAACCAGCCUAAAAUUACAAGAAAAAGCUUCAGAAAGUGAUGCAGAAAUCAAAGACAUGAAAGAAACCAUAUUUGAACUGGAAGACCAGGUGGAACAGCACCGUGCUGUCAAGUUACACAAUAACCAACUCAUCAGCGAACUGGAAAGCAGUGUGGUCAAGCUGGAAGAGCAGAAGUCAGACCUAGAGCGGCAACUAAAGACGCUAACAAAACAGAUAAAGGAGGAAACUGAGGAAUGGAGGCGGUUCCAGGCAGACCUGCAGACUGCAGUGGUAGUGGCCAACGACAUCAAGUGUGAGGCUCAGCAGGAACUGCGGACUGUGAAGAGGAGGUUGCUGGAAGAGGAAGAGAAGAACGCCAGGCUGCAGAAGGAGCUGGGAGACAUACAGGGGCAUAGCAGACCUGUGAAUGAAGAGGCAGAGCCCUCAGAGGUCGAUGCUGCUGGCCGGUGGCGUGGAGUCUAUGUCAACAGAACAUCUCCAGCUCCUUCAGACUCUGCAACCACAGUAAAGUCACUGAUCAAAUCAUUUGACUUAGGACACUCAGGUGGAACUGGACAGAGUAUUUCUGUCCACAAGACUCCCAGAAGCCCCCUGAGUGGAAUCCCAGUGAGGACUGCUCCGGCAGCUGCUGUCUCUCCGAUGCAGAGACAUUCAACUUACAGCAGCAUGAGGCCAGCCAGCAAAGGGAUGUCUCAGCGCUUGGAUCUGCCGGACCUUCCCCUCUCUGAUCUUCUGAAGGGAAGGACCGAGGACCGGAAGUCAGACCCUUACCUCCGAAAGAGUCCCUCACUGGAGUCCCUGAGCAGACCCCCAUCCCUGGGCUUUGGGAACACCAGACUGCUGAGUGCAUCCACUGGGGGUCUGAAGCCAAGCAAGCUCAGUGUUGAAAGAAGAGAUCCGCUGGCAGCCCUGGCCCGGGAGUAUGGUGGCUCUAAGCGUAAUGCACUCCUGAAAUGGUGUCAGAAGAAGACAGAAGGUUAUGCGAACAUUGAUAUCACCAAUUUCAGCAGCAGCUGGAGUGAUGGCCUGGCCCUCUGUGCUCUGCUGCACACCUACCUGCCUGCCCACAUCCCGUACCAGGAGUUGAACAGUCAGGAGAAAAAAAGGAAUCUCUUGUUGGCAUUCGAAGCAGCAGAAAGUGUGGGCAUCAAACCCAGCCUGGAGCUCAGUGAGAUGCUGUACACGGACCGGCCUGACUGGCAGAGCGUGAUGCAGUAUGUGGCCCAGAUCUACAAGUACUUUGAGACAUAAACAGACCCACUAACUGCCGCUUGACCUCAAGUUAGUCCUGGACGCACCUGCUCCCUGUUCAUCAUACCUGGUUUGCCCACCACCUAGCCAUCUGGAUUUCCAAGGGAGGCUCAAACCAAGUGGGCCAACCCUCCAUCGAGAAGCAGCGCUGGCUCCACCAUGUCCCCACCAUGCAGAUCAGAGGCAAACGUGUCUGGAGCCUAUGCUCAGGAAUCCUCCCCAGUGGGAGGUUUCUAGAGAGAGAGGCCCCACUCCUUACACACUGGGUCCCCAAACCCAGGCCCUCUUCUGUGAGAUUCCAGUGUUGCCAGUCCCAUUUGUGGCCCACCCACACAUGGUCCACAUGCUGACAAACAGCUUCACUUACCAUGUCUCUUCUCCUUCCUUUUUCCUAAAACUGCCCUGGCUUUGCUUCAGUCAACUCUAUCCUUACCAACUGCCCACCCCACAAAUAAAGCAACACCCUACAGAACAGAAUAACAAAAGCAGCUUUUGCUUCCUAGACACCUAGAAACACUGAUUAGGGAAAUAGAUUGCUGAGCUCUGUGUAACUGAGGACUUAAUUACAUUGCAUAGGUCUCACCCUUCCUGUUCGGUUCCUCAUGUGUGCAAAGGAGCCCUUGGGUGCCUUGCUGAUGGUCCACGGGAGGCCAGCCGGCGUGCACAUGAACCACACAGCCUGAGUACAGACUGGUGUCCUGGCUGAUGGAACCAUGACCACAUCACCUUCUGUCCCACUAUUUACAGUCCUGUUCACUCACACAUCUGCCUAACACGUGGGACUCAAAGAAGUCACUUAUGUGUGUGAAGCAGCCUGUGCUGGUGAGCUCCUUGCACAUUUGCACAGUUCUACAGGGUGGGAAGACAGAAAUAUAAACAGUGUUUUAGCUGCAAACAGAGUUGCCGGAUAGAAGAAGCUAUGAGGAACAGUCACACUUUCCCCUUUACUCUGCUGGCUCCCUGAGGAGUAGCGUGACCCUCCCUGAGUACUCAGGCUCCCGGGCUCUAGAGUCUAGAGGCUCUUUGCCGUUUUCCUGGACAAAUAAAUGUGCACUUCAUAGCAAAUGAGGGUGCUCCUUCCUCAGUCAGCUGGGCGUGCACAAACACCCAUUAUUGUUCUAAUUGCCAAAUAGCCCUGUGCUGGUCCUUGGAGAAAGGACCGUGUUCACGGCAACCCUUGAGAAUGAUCGCCAUAGUUCUUGUGAAUUUCUGCCUGCUUAUCUGAGCCACCUGCUGGCCCAGUCUGUAUCCUGUAUCCUUGGUGGACCUGGGUUCUGUCCCUCCCUCCAGUCCAUCCCUCUGAUGAGUGGCAGCUGGGUGCAGCAGCACUGAUUCUCAAACUAUAGUAGCCUCUUGGGGCCACAGACUCCACAUUCAGGCUCUAUCUGUAGUUCUUGGCUGUGGCUCCAUCCAGUUCCCCCUGGGACUCCUAGGAACUGCAUGCCUGACCCUCCAAUCAGGUGAGUCAGAAUAACUGGAAUGGAGCAGAGAUGGAGUCUAUAGGCUCUCACAGUUCUCCAGAACUGAGGGACAGCUAUGCAGAGGGGUAGGACACUUACCCUAACCUCCUGUGCUCCCCACAGGAGCUACAGAGCAGUAAUUUUGGAACCACCAUCUGCUAUAAAAUGGGACCCCUUCAUCUCUAGGUGGAAGUCUAGGGCUCAGAACCUCCUUUCUGAUGAAUGUGUUCCUCUGAAAGCUUGAACUUGUGUUGCUUAAAGCACUGGCUAUGUCAGUGAUUGAAGACAGCCCUCACUGUCUCCAGUCUUCUGCUUUGCUCAGCAGUGAGAAGUGCUGUUCUAUCCAGCUGGGUGCUGUUUCUUCACGAGUGAUCUCGAGCUGUGUAGGAGAGGCCAAAGUGAAGGCGUGGAAGUUUAGACUGUUUCUGUCUCUUGUCUGGUUGCUGUCUAAAAAUCUAGGAGCUCUGAGCAGGUCAAUCUCCAUGCUGGACUCCAGACCCCUUACACUCUCCUUGUAAGUGGAGGCGCUUUGGGGCCAUCCUCCCAGUGAUAGGAACCCAGUUUGCUGAGGCUUGGCCAGCCAUCUUUUCUCAUCUUUAUUUUCCUUCGGCUUUUCCCUGGUUACUACAGUUCUUGCCAGGGAUGUAGAAGAGAACUGAGAUCCUUCCCAGUAGACGCAGGUACUGCGGGGGUGGGGAAGAGGCAGCGCGCAGGCAGGCAUCGUUCCAGUUCUCCAAUGUGGUACCACACUGCUGCAUGUGGAGGUGCAGGGUCUGGAAAAAGCUCCAGGGUACAAAAGUAAAUAUGGAAAACUGACUAGCUAAGAAGACCAGCACAGUGGGUGCCUUACAUUUUCUUGGUGUUUUUCUUUGGGGUGGGGGUGGGGGGAGGAAGGUUUGUUUGUUUGUUUGUUUGUUUGUUUGUUUUGCUUUGAUUGGGAGUUUUGUGAAACAGAAUUUCAUGCAACCCAGGCUGGCCUUGAACUCCUGAUCUUCCUGCCUCUGCCUCCCAGGUGCUGAGAUUAGAUACCAUGCCCAGCUUUGGUACUCUGUGUUUUUGCUAUGUUUUUGUUUGUCUUAUGCUUCCCUACUAACUAUCAUUUGGAGGCUGUCAAAGGCCUCCAUGGCCAUGUGUUUCCUGUCUGCCCUCAGCUGAGCACAAGAGAGAGCCACAAAAUGUAAGACCCGGAGAAGUUAAACCUUGUGGGGAAGUCUGUAGUUUUCUGUGCUGAGUGUUGUCUGAGCUGAUGACAGAUGACAGUACUGAGGCUACGCCCACAGGGACAGGGUCUGAGGACUGGCCCUCUCCUCGGUUCCUUCUCACUUUAGCAUCCGUGUUUGUCCUUCAUUCUCAUUCUUCAUGUGUUGUUCCUCGGCUUUUGCAGACUAUUCAGAAUUCAGGUCGUGGCUAGGAGGGAAGCCAUGGCCUGCCGAGCACAGUGCCCUUGCCUGUGACUUCAGCUAUUCUGGAGAUGGAAGCAGGAAAAUCAGUUGAGCCUGGGGAUUUGGGACUAGUCUGGCAAAGAGGCCCUGAGAGGGAGUGGGACUGUCCCAAAGCAACCGGCCUUCUAGCAAUAAUGACUGUCUGUCAUAUUCUCUUCCUGUCUCGAUGGCCUGUGGAAAUGGAUGCUGAGACUCUUAGAGACAGACACACCCACCAAGCCUAGCAGUUCCUAAGCAUCCCAGUUGGGUGGGCCACUCCCAACACCAAUAUAAGAGGGAACCCCGCCAUCUGAAGAGAGUUUCGUCUAGCAUCUGCUGAAGGCUCGAAUGUCUAACCCUCUGAUUGAGGUUGGAGUCUGGGACACUGAGUAGCUCACUGACUGUCACUACAUUAGUCAAAUACACUUAAUACAUGGUGGGCUCCUUUCUGUCAAGGGCACACUAGAUAGCACUAAGCACUGCCCAAGUGUGACAUACUAUUAGAGGUGGCCAGGGCUCAGGACGGAAGUGUGAGGUGUGCCGCUGUGUAAUAAUUUUUAAUAAAUAUAUUUUGUUUCUGUCUCA